GAAGUUGAAGUUUAUUUCGAUGCACUGAGCUGGAGCUAAAAAGCGCGUAAACGAAGCAAGCGUUACAUAAUGUUUAGAAAUACAUUCCAGAGUGGUUUCUUAUCCAUUCUAUUCAGUGUUGGGACUAAACCCUUGCAAAUUUGGGACAAAAAAGUUCGUAAUGGACAUAUAAAAAGGAUUACAGACAAUGAUAUCCAAUCUUUGGUCUUAGAAUUGUUGGGAAGCAAUGUUUCGUAUGGUCUCCUGAAUUAUCUCUUUCUUAUUUCAUUUAGAAGUACAUACAUUUCGUGUCCAGCGGACCCAAGGAAAGCACUAGGCAUCAAGCUACCUUUCCUCGUUUUGAUAGUGAAGAACCUUAAUAAAUAUUUCACCUUCGAAAUUCAGAUUUUGGACGAUCAGGGCGUGAAAAGACGUUUCAGGGCUAGCAAUUAUCAAAGCACGACGCGAGUGAAACCGUUUAUAUGUACUAUGCCUCUGCGUUUAGAAGCUGAUUGGAACAAUGUGUACUUCAAUGUUGCAGACUUUACAAAGCGCGCCUAUGGUACCAACUUUGUAGAAGUGAUUCGUAUCCAGAUCCAUGCUAAUUGUCGUAUAAGACGUAUCUAUUUCUGUGAUCGCCUCUAUUCGGACGAAGAGCUUCCUGCAGAGUUUAAAUUAUAUCUCCCUGUUCAAGCAAACAAGAAUAGCUAAAUGAAUAUCUUUACAUGUUCUCGUGGCCACCACCAAACUUACACAGCUCUGCAUGCCCCCUGCAACAAUGUACCUAUCUACAGACUGAACGAAAACUAAUCAACAACUAGUCAUUGCACUAUAUUUCUGUGCGUUUAUAAGCCCACCCGUCACCAGAGUAUGAUUCAUUUUUAGUUUUAUUGUUAGCUUGAAAAAACAGCAGUUUGAAACCAUUUCAAAAGUAUGCAAGAGUACUUGAGUAGUUUGAAAAAAAUUUUUAAAAGAUUAAAACCAAUUGAAAGGAAAGAAUAUGAUGAAUUAAAUUUGGUGGAAAAUUUGCAGCAGCCCAAAGUUCAAGUGGGCCUCUGAUCAAGAAUGAACGAUGUUGAAUUAUUAUUUAGUACAGUUUUCCAGUGCUUCACUUUCGCUUCCACUGGUUGUGACGUCACAUUUCGAUAGCUUAUACAAACGUGACCGAUAUACAUUUCACAAUAAGCAAUUACUAUGUAAAAUAAACAACAUAUUUUUAACCUUUUCAUCGUUUAAAUUAGAAUCUCUUUGUUCCAAAAUUUAGAUUAAUUGACUUGCGUUCAUUCAGGUGAAUUAGUAAUUAUGUACCUAUCUUCAGUCUGCUAUUGAAUGUGUUAACAUUUAAAGAUAUAACAUUUUC